AUUUAAAGACCAUAUUUUAUAAAAUACCCUCUUUCAAUUGAAAAAUCGCUAACGAUUAGGUCAACAUGCAUCCUAGUAAACAGCUACAAGUCUCUGAUUAUACCGUUAGCUUUUUGAUUGAACAGGAAUUAACAUCAUAAACCUGCAUAUUGUUAUAUCUACAGAAGUUCUUUUUUUAAGAUUAAUUUAUCAUCGUGAUAUUGUUACGUCUACCAAUAAUUUACGACUCUUUUUAUUGCUCGUUUUGAGAUCAUCAACCGAUAACCCGAAAACAUACACAGUAUAUAUCUUGUUAGUAUUAGACAGAUAUUUGUAACACUGUUUUAUUUGAUUGCCUCUCAAUUAAGCAGAAAUUCCAGUAUAUUUAAUAUGGAAAUAGUAGACAAGUGAACACGACGAAUAAAGUUCUCUGCGUCCGAGCGCUGUCCUAGUAAAGUCAGUUUCUUCAAGUUUCAUUGUCAACCCACAGACAACUACCUGCUGAACAGCUUUACAUAGAUACUUCUGGUAACAUGUGCGUUUUCAAUUGUGUGUCAUAUAUUAAGCAAAGUCGAAACAUAAUAAUGGAGAUAUAAUCUGAGUGAACCUAACUGACGUUUCAGGGCAAAGUUGUAAACAGAAUUUAAUUACAAAUGUCGGCGGUGCAAAUUAAUCCGAAGAAGGUCGCAAUACCAAAUCGGAAAAUGUCAAUGUGUUUGUUGAAGUUUGCUAUUUCUUAGCGACGGCUAAAUGCAUCGUAAAACCUUCAGUACGUUACGCACUUAACUUAUAUUGGGUAAAGAGCUUUGGAUAGGAAAAUCACUCAAAAAACGGAAGCAUUCUGUAUUGUCGGUUUCUUUUCAUGUUCGAUGGUCCUUCUUACCAAAAGGCUAUAUCACGUGAGGAAUAAACGUUAGAUGUGUGGAGCUCCAGAAUGUUGGGAAAAUUAGUGCUAUUUAAAGUAAUUAACUAGCUUGAAAUUGACAGAUUUACUUAGAUUUACUUGGUACUUGUCAACCGGAAGACAACUAAUUCGUUUCCUUUAUUUUACAUUCCACAGUCACUGCAGAUAAGAUCAUGGCGGAAUAACUUUUCGAGUUACUUCCACAUCGUUCAGAAUAGGAUCGAUCACUAUACCAACCAGUGUCGCAUUUCACUCCGGGAAGGAAUUAUAAAGUUUACAUCCUUAUUGAUCCAUGAGGCUUUUAUUUCUAUGCUUGAAUGUUGGGUCACAGGUGAUAAGAUUCAUUUACUUUCGCAGGCUCGUACUCAGUAGCAGUGUACUUUCACAUUUUGGUACUGUUGUGUUACGAUCCUUUCAGUCAGCUUGUGAUAUUUGAUGCAUGCCAAUUGAAGUAAUUUUGACAGGCCAUCUAUCCUCUGUUUCCGGUAUCUGGGAACAUUCUCGUGGGCCUCAUAAAAACACUUCAGCCAAACGCGCAUCUCGAGGAGAGAAACGUGACUAAAUAGGCCUAUUCAAGAUUGGCUAGGUAUUUCUACGUCCAGCCACCAGCCACAGCGGUAUUCAUAUUCAGUAACACUAAAGAUAUUAUCAUUGUUUGUCUUCCAUUGAAAACUGGUUCAUUAUUGAGAGGCCUAGGAUUCUUGCCUUGGAGAUAAGAGACCACAAGUCUCUCGCAGCUUCCUUGGUUCUUUUCACGCUUUAAACGAAGGUUUGAUCCGACAGGAAGAGCCAAGGGAAAUUGUCGAUCGUGUGUAUUGGCGGCUCUAAAAGCAAUUUUCUUCGUGCGGCGGACCACGUUCACAAAAACGUGGAAAAGUCGCUUUUCGUUUCAAGAGAUCAACGUGAAGUGAAGGUCCCCAGAGACUUGCUUGCUCUCUUUGUUCGGGAAUAUUGUUGAUGAUCGGAUAAUUUUUAUGUUGACCGCCCACCGCUCACAACAAAUCUGCCCUGAGGCUUAUUGCUCUGUUUGUACGUGUGGUCUAAUUGUAUCGUUCGAAACUCUUGCGCCGAGCUUUGGUCACGUUUUGCGACUCUCUGGCCGUUGUUGCGAGGCUCAACGGAAGGGUUUUUGAAAAAUCUUGACCGAAGUUAAGGUGUUGACAGAAAUUUGCCACAUCAGUCUUCAUUAACACUAUUAUCUCGCCGAAAUUGAGCAAAGAGUGGGCCGUUCGUGAGUCUUGGUGGUUUCGCAUAACCGACCGAGUGUGUUACCACGACAAGAUUUAGAAAGCCCGAAGCGUUUUAGCUUCCACUGCUCUUCUAAUCGCUUCAAAAUGUAUCAGUCAGUGAAGCUAAGAGAGCUAAAUCCUUUCAUUACUUGCGGCAUUUGUAGUGGGUAUCUAAUCGACGCUACGACCAUCACAGAGUGCCUUCACACGUUUUGUAGAAGCUGCAUCGUAAAGCAUUUACAAGAUGAAAACUUUUGUCCAUCCUGCAAAAUUGUGAUUCAUCAAAGCUACCCCAUGAACUAUAUCAGCGCCGAUCGUACAAUGCAGGAAAUUGUGUACAAGCUUGUACCAGGCCUUCAAGAACGAGAGCUCCAAAGGCAGAAAGAAUUUGAAGUGGCCAUGUUUAUGUACCGCACGGGCGAACAACAAAACGAAUACAACGCCAUGAAUUUAACUAAAACACACGCUGACAAUCCAUCUCCAUCGUCAUCUUGUACAUCAAACGAGAAAGAAGAAAAUCAGGAUUACCACCGUGGGGAUGAACAAGUAGCUAUAUGCAUGGAAUGUUACAGAGCAAACGGAAAAUACUCCCUGAAGCCGUUACCUCGCAAGUACCUACGGCUAUCCUCACAAGCAACUGUGUUACAUCUCAAAAAAUUUCUCGCGAAGAAGUUGAGUCUGGACGACCACAAAGACGUGGAUAUUCUUUGCAAUGACGAAAUUCUUGGCAAGGACCACACGCUUAAGUUUAUUUGUGUCACGAGAUGGAGAUUUAAGGGCUGUCCCCUCUUACUUCAUUAUAGACCAAGUCUCAAGUUAUUUUAGUUCCAAUGCAUCGCAAACUGACGGAGAAUUUUCUUCACGCCUCCAUUCCGAGCGAACCGUCGCUUCUAAAUAUCUUCUGACAAGCAGUGGUGUGAACAGCUAUAAAUGAAGACAUGUUCCAAGACAGCGAGUACAGUAAAUUGACAGGCGCUAGCGCUUGACGGGCAAGCAGAGCUCUCAGUCUACUCGACCAGCAAACCACAGAAAAGGCGUAGCACAGCUAAAUCAAUGAUGAAUUUAUCUAUCGAUUUUAGAUCAAAUUUUAUUGCUGAGGUUUUCCAAAUGGAAAGUUUCAAAUUAUGAUCAUGACCUUGUCAUACGUAUUAUUACAGUAUUACGCAUCGUGUAUUCAUUGUAUCUUACUCGUUCAUGACAAAGUUGCGUGUUAAUGUGUUACUUCUUACGCCCGAGUCGACCGUGGAAAUUGACAGGAAUAAUUGCAUUUGAAAUUAUGGAAGUAAAUAUUUAUUGUACAUUAGACACGGUAGUCACUGUUCCGUGUUGCAUAAGACAAAAAGAAACAUAUUUUUCAGGA